GUGAAUGUCACUCAUGGUGUUUCAAUCGGGUGGCUGUUUGAAGCACAUAUCAGCCACAGCAAAGGUGUACUGUUUAAACACAGCCCAAAAUAUGUCUGUUAGCAUGAAGUGGACUGUGUUCUGAGUAGCCAUGGCAGAAAUUAAAACGGGGGCAUUUUAGAGGGCAGUUCUGGCUGAGUCUCUUGGAAUGAUCAUCUUUAUCUUCAUCGGCCUUUCCGCUGGAAUAGGGGACAGAAAUAAUUCUUACCCUGACCAGGAGAUAAAGGUUGCUUUAGCCUUUGGUUUGGCCGUUGCGACAUUGGCACAGUGUAUCGGUCACAUUAGCGGUGCCCACCUGAAUCCUGCCAUCACCCUAGCCCUCCUAGCCAACUGCCAGAUGAGUAUGCUCGGGGCCUUUUUCUACAUGACGGUACAUAUUUUGGGAGCAGUGGCUGGUAGUGCCAUUGUGUAUGGUAUCAGGCCAGAAGCCACAGAAUCACUUGGUGUUAACAAACUCAAUGGAAUCAGCCCAUUACAAGGUUUUGGUGUGGAGCUCCUGCUCACCCUGCAGUUGUGCCUGUGCGCGUUAGUAGUCACAGACAAAAGACGUGACGUUGGUGGACUUGCACCUCUCGUGGUCGGCUUGUCUGUAGUGCUGGGACAUUUGGCUUGGAUCAGCUUCACAGGAUGUGGUAUUAACCCAGCUCGAUCCUUGGGGCGUGCAAUUAUUCAGGAAUCGUUUGAUGACCAAGGGGUGUACUGGGCAGGACCGAUGAGUGGUGGUUUGGUGGCAGCUCUUCUCUAUGAUUAUCUACUGGCACCCAGAGAUGAGCCUUUCAGAGAAAAAACACGACUCCUCUUCUGCUGUGGUCGCUCACAAGAAAUGUACAUCUGCGAACCCUUGAGGAGAUUACAUAAUGUUUAGGAGAGCAUGUCGGCAUGGCAAUUACUAAUGCUUGUUUAUAUGAAAUAAAAUACUUUGCCCUUU